GCCAGGGCAUGAUCAUUCUGUCUAGUUUGAUAUAGAAAAACAAGUUAUAAUGAUCAUUGAUUUUAUUGCAAUAUAAACUCUCUUUCAACACUUUUUCAACACAAAGUGUAAAGUGUACUGUAUUUAAAGCACAUCAUUAAACAACUAAAUUAUUGUAUGCUACUUUUUUCUUUAUCUUAACAAUUCAUAUAAGAAGAACACAAUUCUUUCAACAUGAGUGUUUUGGGCCCGUCCUUUAUUGUUUGAUGAACAUUAUAAACAGAGAUCUUUAUUAUGUUGCUGCCCCUUUAAGAGCGCUCUAUAAAGAUCUAAGGGUCUAAUGCUGGGUUCACACCAAAUGCGAAGAAUCGCGUUCAACACUCUUUAUUACUCGCGGGAAAAGUUCGUUAUUUUCGCAUGACGCCAGCUGACAAAUAUUUUCAAUUUGCGCGGAAGAGGAGAUCGGCGCGCGUUCACGGCAAUCGCGCCACCCGAUUGGCGUCUAUUCGCGUCUUUGCAUUGACUUUGUAUGCAAGUUACUCGUGCAAAACGCUUAAUUUGCGUUUGGUGUGAACCCCCUAUAAUAUAAUGGACGCGUCCGUUUUGUUUCCCAGCUGUUAAUGUUCAUAAAACGGACUACUUUUACAUGGGCCCUUGCUAAUAUAGGAAUUUUGACCUAAUUUUGUGUUUUUUAAACUCAGUUUAGUGGUCUGACUCUCUAGGCGCUCAUGUUUACAUGUUUUCUGCAUUAGCCUCACACUGCAUACAAUACACGCAACACAAUUCGUUAUCGUUGCUGUUUUGUACCGUAGCCGGGGAAAUUUUUGUAUUCGGCAGGCUAUUGAUUUCCUUCCACUUUAUCAUCAAUAGCAUUAAAGCCUCUUACACCGCGCAUAUUACGUCUUUGAGCAACAGACUUUCAAAAUAAAAAAAUACUUAAAAAAAUUCUAAUGCACAAAAAACAUAAUUGUCUGCAUUAAUUAAUUAAUGCGUUAAAGCGAUAAUAACAUGUUAACUUUCCCAGCCCUAGUAUAUUAUAUUGCACUUCAAUAGACCCUCUAAAAAAUUACACAUCGGUCCUUAAUAUUAUCAAAAUGCCGAAGAAAGAAACAUUACAGAAAAUGUUGAUGCCUGGUAAAUAUGCAUUGUCCUACUGUAAGUUCAGUUCUUUUUAUGUGUGUAAUGCUCAACUUUCCCUUACAAACCACCUUCACCACGACCACUACCUGUGCUCAUAUCCUCCAACACCACCAGAAUGUAACCUCCCCUUUCCAAGAUCUGCUUUUUCUGGUUUCCAGAUGAUCUUUAAACUUCCUGACAACAGGCUAGACGUAACUUUAACAUGAGACAACCAUUUCAUAACCAGGCCUUAGUUAAUUCUGAGACAAAUAAAUGUAUUUGAGAAUGAUCUGAUGAUGAACAAAAUUUUUUGGAGUUAACACAAUGCAUUAUAGCGUUUGAUUUACGUUACUUAAACAUUACAUUUGGCAGACGCUUUUAUCCAAAGCAACUUACUACAUAUUUAACAAUAUAUGACCUUUGCGUUGCUAUAACGCGCCGCUCUACUGAGGUAACUUUCACUGAAAACAGUGCCGAUAAGUAUGUAUCAACAUAUUUAAAACACUGUUGUAUUAAGUAUAAUAUAGACAACUUCUUUUUAAUGGAAUAAAAAUCUUAGUUCACGCAACUUGUUAACCUACAAAUCAGAACACUUUAAAAAGUGAACCUAAAAUUAUCAUUUUAAAUGAGGAAUACCCAUAAACUAUUGUGCCUGAAUUGCCCUUGUGUUUUGAUUAUUCAUGUUUGUCAAAGAAGAAGAACUGAUUUAAAUGUGUAAUGUUUAUAAAAGCUCAGGCUUUAACUUAUUUCACUAUUAUUGAUGUUGUUUAACAGUAAAACAUAGUUUUCUCCGAAGUCACCGUUCAAUGAAACAUGCACAUAUCUUUCCACAAUAUGUCAAAAAUGCAUUUACCUUUUGUAUUUCAUGGGGAGAAUCAAGCUAGUUCAAUGGUUGACAUAGAGUUGGUCAAAAAUGCCUUUAAUACUUAAUAUCUUUAAAAUCUUCAUAAUGUUAAGGAAUAAGCCCCGACAGUGUGAUCAGGACCCGACCCGACGCGAAGCAAAGUGUCUUGUAUCACACCGAAGGGGCUUAUUUCGCAAUAACAGCCAUCUGCUUGAAUCCAGCUUAUUACACAUGAGAAAAAAAACAGGACAUGAAAUGUGAAUUUGAAAAAUGUUAUUAGCUCAUUUUAACCAAAUGCAGACCUUCCACGAGGAAAAGCCGUUUACUUUCGGUUUUAAGGUAAGAAACAACUUUCAAAUGUCACAAACAGGCAAUUUGGUUUAAUCAUUUGUAAAUAUAAUGUCAUAUAUAUGUUAUUAAAAGACAUAUUUCAAUUAAAUUUGUCAACAAAAAACCUGUUAAAAUGAUUUGCUGCAUCCGGGUUACCGUGUGUUAUUAGUUUUAAGCGGUUGUUAUCUAGGAAUAACGAACCUGCGAAUGUCGCGACUGGCCAAUCAGAAUCAAGUAUUCCAACGAGCCGUGUAAUAAAAUGUCUUUAAGCAUAUUAAAUAAGCACAAAGUCAAUUUAACUAUAUAAAUUCAGUCUACAUGAGCACUAAGGCAAGUUUUGGAAGGCCCCUGAAACUCGGUCCCUCAAUUAAAUUAAGUUUUUUUUUGCGCACAUAAAGAUCAUUAAAAUCACUUCAUGUAUAAAAAGCAUCAAUAUGCUAUAGGGAAAGUGGGGUUGCUGAGAAAGUUUUAUUCUGCCUGAUGAUCCAGUUUGUGGGAUAUUCAAUUCAGGAGGAUUCAAUGCAGUAGCCUGACUUUGAGUGUGUAAAGUCCCUUUCCUCACAAGUCACAGUACAAACAUCCAGAGCUGAAGGCAGGUUUCUCGUAAAUGCCUCCGCUUCAAAGAACCUCAUUUACAUAUUCAUGAUACUCCAGCCAAUAAGCGCAGAGAAUCGACACGUGGGCGUUCCGCUGGCCAAUCGGCUCCCAUGAUCGUCUCCAUUCAUGGGUGCGUGUUUUAUAAAUGAAGCGCAUUCAUGUGAGCUGUGUUGUACUCCAGCAGAGUCACGUGUGAAGAUGAAUCCCGGCGGUCGCAGACUGAAACAGUGGCUUAUAGAACAGAUCAAUAGUAAUAUAUAUAAUGGAUUAUUAUGGGAAGAUGAGAACCGAACAGUGUUCCGAAUCCCCUGGAAACAUGCAGGGAAACAGGAUUACAACCAAGAGGUGGAUGCGUCCAUCUUCAAAGCGUGGGCAAUAUUUAAAGGGAAGUUUAAGGAGGGGGAUAAAGCUGAACCAGCGACAUGGAAGACCAGACUUCGCUGUGCACUUAACAAGAGCCCAGACUUUGAGGAAGUUACUGACAGAUCCCAGCUUGACAUCUCUGAACCUUAUAAAGUGUACCGGAUAGUGCCAGAUGAGGAACAGAAAUUGGGUAAAAACUUGAUUCCUGCCAUGUCGUGCUGCAGCACAGACAUCACGACCAUGGAGUGCUCACCAGAACUGGAUGAACUAAUUAAAGAGUCUUCAAAUGAGCCAAGUCAUUCUGCUCUGGAUGAUACCAGUUCCGUCCCAUCAGUGCAGGAAUGGUGGCAGGAGGGCUGUCACAAUGCUGCUGUUGUCCAUCAGGAUCUGUCACCCGUAAGCACGCUCAAUGCAGCGUUUUCUCAGAUUAUGAUCUGCUUCUACUAUGGAGGACGGCUGGUAGGCAGCACUCUCACCACUCAUCCGGAGGGCUGCCGUAUCUCCCCCGGACAGCCCCCUGUGGCUAAUGCCCUUUUAUAUGGUCCAGAUAGUCUCCAGAACAUCCGCUUUCCAUCGGUGGACCUCAUCGAGCAUGAUCGCCAGCGUCACAUCACUCGGAAGCUUUUUAGUCACCUUGAGCGUGGUGUGCUGCUACGUGCCAACAGAGAGGGCAUCUUCAUUAAGCGUCUGUGCCAGAGUAGAGUGUUCUGGAGCAGCCCGGAUUCCCAGUACAAUCUUAACCCCUGCAAACUCGAAAGAGAUGCUGUGGUUAAAAUCUUUGACACUGCCAGGUUUCUACAAGCACUUCAGUUAUAUCAGGAGGGUCACUAUCAGGUUCCAGAUCCGACCGUGACUCUCUGCUUUGGAGAAGAGUUUAAUGAUUUCAGCACCGUGAAGAACAAAUUAAUAAUUGUGCAGAUCACAGCGUUACACUGUCAGCAGCUGGUGGAGGCGGUGACUGCCCGCAGAUCACAGUACAGCAGUGGGAAUCUGGAGAUCUCUGAUGAGUUGGCCAGUGAUCAGAUGGCUCGUAUAUACCAGGAUCUAUGCAGCUAUCCGGUUCCCCAGCGAUCUUCAUGUUUUAGGGACAACCUGUCCAUUACAGUCUGAGGCAGAAUCUGAUCCAACCUUCCAUUUGGAGCAAGUCAAUGUACAUAAUACACAACAUCAUAUAUUUUCUUUCAAUGUCAUUACAUGAUGAAAAUUGUUUCACUUUUAACUAUGACGCCACCACAUUGUGUAGCAUCCUGUUGUAAUGAAAUUCGAAAUGUUCUCAGGAAAGAUAUAUUUUUCUACUAGAUGAAAAGUGAAUUCACAAUAUUGAAUGUUUUAGAGUUAUUUUAAGUUGUUUUUUUUGUGUAAAAUAUUUUUCUAAUAUUUGUAUCAGUUUUAUUUUUAGUGUUUUUAUUAUGCAUUUUAAAAGUGGAUAGGUUUUACUAUCCAUUAUCUUUUAAAUAUAUUUUUAAUGGCUGUUUGUUAUACUUAUAAUUGAAAUUACAUAAAGACACAUAUGUGCAAAAUAAUAAUAAUAAAUAAAAAUAAUAAUUGCAAAAUGGCAAGUCGAUAAACAUUCUUUUGAAUAAUGUCUAUGUGAUUGGCUUGGCUAUUUUAUUUAUUGUUAGAAGGUUUAGUCAAGAAGACAAAGUCAUUGUAUGUUUCCCCCUAAAAAUUGCAAUUAAAUGAAAGGUGAAUGGUUGUAAACCAGGCUGGGCAGACAGAAAUCAACAGGAGAAACUACUGAGACUGGCAAAGUGGAAAACAGAGCAAAACGGCACCUUUACGCCAAAGGAAGAGUGAGAGGGGAUAGACUGGGUAAUAUUGCGACUGUGGCAUUUGUCAUACCACAGAGUUGUUAAGGUAAACUGCAAAAAAAGGUUAUUUUAAAUGGUGAAAACCUUUUUUAAUCAAUUACAGUC